CGAGUACGAACGGCAUUUAAACUGAAAAAUAAAUAAAUUCCUACAAUACAUACAAAAAAAGCAAAAGAAAAAGAAACAAAUCAAAACUUUAAAGUUCGUUUUUGUUGAACUGUGCUUUCUGUGCUUGGAAUAUUAAUUAAAGUUUCUUGUGAAGUUUAGAAAAGAUGACCUGGCACCACAUCUGCACAGGAAACAGGUUGUUUUUCAUAUUUUUAGUGGUUUCCUCAGUUUGUAUAAUGAAUACCAAAGCAAAAACAGGACCUAUACAUGGUAAAGUUGUUGUUUGUUACAUUUCAACAUGGGCCGUUUAUCGUCCGGGUCAGGGUGCUUAUGGCAUUGACAAUUUUGAUCCUAGUCUAUGCAGCCAUGUUGUAUAUGCCUUUGCUGGUCUCGAUCCUCAACUAUCGGCCAUUAAAUCAUUGGAUCCUUGGCAGGAUUUAAAAGAAGAAUAUGGCAAAGGUGGCUAUGAACGAUUAACCGGACUCAAGCGCACUCAUCCUCACUUAAAAGUCAGUUUGGCUAUUGGUGGCUGGAAUGAAGGCUCCAAAAACUAUUCAAAUAUGGUGGCCGAUCCCAUGUCAAGGGGAAAAUUCGUUAAACAAGUCACUUCAUUUAUACGCAAAUACAAUUUUGAUGGUCUCGAUUUGGAUUGGGAAUAUCCCACUCAACGUGGUGGAGCUCCUCAGGAUCGUGAGAAUUUCGUUUUGCUUUGCAAGGAGUUGCGUGAACAAUUUAAUCCGCAUGGCCUGUUGCUCACAACCGCCAUUGGAGCUUCGAAAAAAGUUAUAGACGAGGCGUAUGAUGUACGUCAGCUUUCUCGUUAUUUGGAUUACUUACACAUUAUGUGUUAUGAUUAUCAUGGCAGUUGGGAUCGUAAAGUAGGCUAUAACGCUCCGUUGACCGCUCCAAAUGGUGAUGUAUUGAGUGUGCAAUUUACAAUUGAUUAUUUGUUAAAAUUGGGAGCUCCUGCUGAGAAAAUUGUCAUGGGUGUACCCUUUUAUGGUCGAACAUUUAGAACUCCUCUAGAUGGCAAUCUUGACGACGAUACUGAUGGCACAGCUUUCCAGGGACCAUUUACUCGUGAAGAUGGUUUCUUGGGCUACAAUGAAGUUUGUAGAAUUUUAAGUAACAAAACUUCAGGUUGGACUACUAUGUGGGAUCCCGAAACGUCACAAGCCUUGGCACGUUCCGAAAAAGAUGUUUUUACCGGUCUCGUCGAAGUAGUUACUUUCGAUAAUUCUCGUUCUAUAGCCAACAAAGUGAAAUUUGCUAUUGAAAGAAAAUUAGGCGGUAUAAUGGUGUGGUCCAUUGAUACCGACGACUUCUUGGGAGAGUGUGAACCUGAAACUGACGUCUACGAAGAUUUCAGACACUUCAAACAUUUGGAUUUAGCUAUGCCUCAUCGGCUAAGCAAUAACUAUCCUCUACUGAGAACUAUUAAUGAAGCAGUACCCUUAGCUAUAGAAGAAACUAAGCACAAACAUGAUCAUCCUCAUCAUCCGGACCGUGACGAGGACCAGGAACCAAAUAUAGAAGAUAAUGAAAUACCACAUGGUUCGGUGGAGGAUCAUAAGGGUGAUAGUAAUACAGGUUGCCGUACUAACAUAUUAUAUCCAUUUCAUAUUGCCGUUGUAUUGGGACUAAUCUCAUUAGUUUUAUAAAUAGAAUGUAACAUUAAAAAUUUGCUCAAAUAUUAUAAUUAAUUAGAAGUCAUAAGAAUACAUUAUCAUUUAGUUUGUUUCGCAAAAUUUUUAAAAAUAUAUAUGUAUGUAUAAAAUAAGAAUUAAUAUUGUAUUAAAUUAAAUAAAAUAAAAUAUAGAAACACGCCAAAAAUACAA